AUGGAUGAGAAUGUGAGUGAUUAUAUUAUCAACGGAUGUUGGAAUGUGGCUAAGUUAUCUUUGAUUCUGCCUUCUGAUAUUGUGAAAUUUAUUAUUGGUAUUCCCCUUCCUGCAAUUAAUAUGAAGGAUGAGUUUAUUUGGGGUCCGUCCCCCUCUGGAGAUUUUACUAUUAAAUCAGCAACCUGUGUAGGGGUUGAGGAUCUAAACCACCUCUUUUUCUCUUGCCCCUAUGCUUCGGAUGUUUGGAGGACAGCUGGGAUCUCUUCUCUUGGUUUUAAUACAUUUGAUGAUUGGUUUUCUUCUUGGUUCGACAUUGGAUACGAAAAUAUUUCUACUGAAAAUUGUGUUCUGAUUUGCUGGAAAAUUUGGGAGGCAAGAAACAACCUAGUCUUUCGGCAGACAGUCUCCUCCCCUGCCUCAGUUGUCUUCUCCUCUGCGGCAAUUGCUAAAGAUUUCAGAUGCGCCAACUCGGUGUCCAUUUCAACUGCUUCUUCAAAGUCGGCCUCCCCUUCGGUUCUUCGGCCUCGACGUUCAGACAUUAAAUGGAAACCUCCCUCUCCUGGUUUCUGGAAGCUAAACUUUAAUGGUUCCGUCGUUGGAAACAAAAGUGCUGUUGCGGGUUUUGUCCUUCGAGAUGAGCAUGGUAACCCUAUUUUUGCCGGGUCCAGAAAUAUUGGGGUCUCCUCAGUUCCUGUUGCGGAAGGAGAUGCUCUUCGUGAUGGACUCUAUCAUGCCCUUCUCCUCGGAUGUAGGAAGAUUUUAGCUGAAGGUGAUUCCAAGCUUCUGAUUGACGUUGUCAAUAAAAAGUGUGCCACUCCGUGGAGGCUUCGUACUCUUGCCAAAGAUAUCGAUAACCUUUCUACCAAUUUUGAGCACAUUGUCUUUGCUUUCAUCCCUCGGGAGGCAAAUUUUUUGGCUGAUGCGAUGGCGAAUCAAGGUCACCUUUUGAAGACUCCUACUACUUGGAAGGGAAGACUCCCCCUUUCAGCCCUUUCUGCUUUCAACUUUGAUUCUUUUAGUUUCGGUUGUCCUAGGGGCUUCCGGUUGUAA